AUGGCCGACGACUGCAAGAAUCAAGCCACGGAAAAACCGGACAACGCCAAGAUCGCCCCCUCCCCCUUGGGCUCCGUCGUCUCAGCCGGCUACUCCUUGAGGGGCAAGGUGAGGAAAUUGUGCUCACUUUUCGAAUCCCCUAAAAUUAGGGUGAGCCGACCCGAUUCCCCGGAACCCGACCCGCCGUUCCGGAUUCCGGGCACCGAGGACAGAGUCGUAAUCUACUUCACGAGCCUGCGCAGCAUCCGGAAAACCUUCCAGGAGUGCCACAGCACGCGGAUGAUCUUCCGUGGGCUUGGGGUGAACGUCGACGAGAGGGACAUCUCCAUGGACGCCGCCUACAGAAAGGAGUUGCAGAGGGUUUUGGGUGAGAACAACAUCGGCUUGCCCCAGGUUUUCAUCAAGGGCAAAUACGUCGGGGGAGCUGAGGUGGUUCGGCAGCUGGUGGAGAUGGGAGAGCUGGGAAGGCUGAUCAAGGGCUUACCCCUGCGACGGGUGGACCCUUGCGAGGGGUGUGGAGAUGUGAGGUUUGUGCCGUGCACCAGCUGUAAUGGCAGCCGGAAGGUGUUUGAGCAUGAAGAGGAUGGGCCCACUAGGUGCCUCCACUGCAAUGAGAACGGCCUUGUACGCUGCCCUCGCUGCUGCUUUUCAUGA